UUCAUCAACUAGAACGGCCAGGUGGUGCAGCGUGUCCUCAAGAUUGCGAUGCUGAAGAAGUCUAUGUCGGCUCGAGACAUCGUCGGCCAGGUCAACGACACCUUGGGCGAAGAGUUUAACCUGAGGGCGUCACGCUGCAUCGGCUUCAUGCUCGACGGCUGCGCGGCCAACCUGCUUGCUCUCGACUCCCUCACGCAGCACAUCUACCGCAAGUCGGUGGGCAUCCCCUGCUUCUCCCACUUGUUCAACAACAUCGGGACCCGACUGAGAUUCCCGGACGUGGACGAGUUCUUGGGCAAGCUGCACACUCUGCUUUCGCACAGUCCGCAAGCCAAGGCCCUCUUCCGCGAAAUAGUCGGCGUCACAGAUCCUCCAACUCCCAACCACCGGUGGGGUUCGAGGUACGAGCGCGACUACCUCAUCGCCAUGAACUGGCCAGGUGUUGUGAAGUUCAUCGAGGCGUACAAGAGUAACGACGACGAAAAGUCCAAGACGGCGACAUGGCUGCGAUCGGAGCUAGCUCGGAAGCGGAACGACGGGAAGGAUCAGGUCCUCGUCCUUCGGAUGCAGCUGGCUGUACUUGUGGACGUGGGCAAGAUCGUCACCGCUGCCUGCAUCUUCCUGGAAGGCGACGAGCCACUGCUGCACCAAGCGUUCAGCAAAAUCGAGAAGUUCCGGUCCCAGCUCGAGCUAGGCAACGAUGGGCUCUUCAAGGAGGACGUGGCUUUGCCUACUCUGGACGCUGUCAUCGCCGCCGGCAUUGGCCAGGGAGACGACUUCGGAGCCACCGCCGACCUUCUCAAGGCUGAGUUUCAAGACGAACUCGUCCCUCUGCGCACUUACGCAUACGAUCAGAUCGGGCCCCACGAGGACGCUGAGCGGGCGACAGUACUCAAGUAUAUGGAGGCCGCGCGGCUCAUCGACUUCACCUUCAUGCGACGUCACAAGUACAGCGCCAACGAAGUCCGCAGCCUCGCCGUCUUCCCCUUCACCUCGGAGGAACAAGUCGACAAGUUUCUCACCGAAAAAGACUACUACUAUGUGGCCGCCCGCGUGACGGACAGAGACUACGAUUUUUGGCAGUUCUGGCAGGACCACAAAGAGAAACUCCCGACGUGGUUCGCCGUAGUCUUGGACAUUGCUCUAGUGCAACCCUCGUCGGCUUUCGUGGAGCGCGUGUCUUCGACAGUACGCUCUUGCUUAGUCUCAAGUCAGAACAGCUGCUUGUCAGACAGGAUCAUGGCUGCCGCCCUCAUCAAGUACAACCGAGGAAGGGAUAGGCAUUCUCUGAAGCUGCGGUAUGACAAGGAGGAAUUAGCAGAGGAGAAGGAGGGGGAAGCAGAGGGGGAGGAAGAGGAGGGGGACGGGGAGGAGGAGGAGGAGGAGGAGGAGGAGGAGGGGCCUGGCAGUGGAGGGGCUAGCGCGGAGGCGGGGGUGGUAGACGUGGACAUGAGCGACGGGCAAUAGACGACAUGAGAGAUAAAACACGAAAGAGUAGGCUUCGGAGGCGUAUGGUAUGAAAUAGUACUCUUUUUCUCAAUGAUGACUAGUGAUAAACCGGUGCAUUACUGCGACUAGACACAGAGUUAUUUACUUCCAAAGAAAACAGAUAAAUGGACGAGCCCCGAUCCAUCUUGGGCAACAAGCAUAGGAUGCACGAGAGGGUGUUAAAAGGGUACCUGUACGGGCUAG